CAUACACAUAUUUUCACAUUUUCAUUCAUGGUUUACGGAUUUAACACAGUUUCAAGAGCGUUAUGGCUAAUCCGUCACUGAGUGGAAUUCUGAAGAGAAAAUUUGAGUUUGUGGAUGAGGACCCCUGGUAUUCCUCAUCUUCCUCCUCCCUUUGUUCCUCCACCUGUCUGGGGAGAGAGUCUUAUGAGAUGUGUCUCUGUAGUGACCCCCUGGAGCCUGGGCCAACCAACUGCACAUUAACUCUCAAACCCAGACCAGUCACAUCCAUCCUGAAGAAGACCAAAGGAAUGCGGGCAAAUGGCAAGGUUCACUUUGGUACGGUUACUGUGUUCCUCUUUCCACGGUGCCAGGGCUUCACCAGUGUGCCUAGUCGUGGAGGUUGCACACUGGGCAUGACGUGGCGGCACGCUGACUGUCGUAAAUUCACUGUGGCAGAGCACGCAGUGGACCAGCAGUGCCAACGCAGAGAGAAACUCCAACAGCGAUGGAGAGAAGAGAGGCUGAAGGCCCUCAAACAGAGGUGGAGCAGCAGUGGUGACAUGACUCUGGAGGAGAUGAACAGUUUGAUUGCUGAUAACAUGGUGAAUGAAGAUGUUCAGUUCAGUACCGAAGAUUUAGAGGGAAGAGGGUUCCCGCAGUCAUACUCCUCCAAAAGGAGACGAGCGCUGUUGAGGGCAGCGGGUGUUGCGCACAUUGACAGGGAAGAGAAGCGAGAGCUGAAGAGACUUCGUCUGUCCCGGGAAGACUGUGGCUGCCAUUGUCAGGACUACUGUGACCCUGAAACCUGUGCAUGCAGCCUGUCUGGAAUUAAAUGUCAGAUGGACCGAUCCAAUUUCCCUUGUGGGUGCUCAAAAGACGGGUGUGGGAACCCUAGAGGCCGAAUUGAGUUUAAUUCUAGUCGGGUGCAGAGUCAUUACAUUCGCACCCAGAUGAAACUGGAGCUAGAAAGACGAUUGAUGGAGGAGAAGGCUGACCAGCCCUAUCGACUGUGGAGCUCUGAGCAAGGUCCCAGUGGAGGCGGCAACCAUUCACUUCUCCCAGUGGAUGAUACCAUCUCCCUUUCCCUCCCUGCCAGUCCUGCCUUGUGCUUAAGCACCGGGCUGUCAAUAGAGGGCGAAGACAGCUGCAGCAGUGACAUGUCAGACUCUUCAUUUUCAUCUGUUCAGAGCCUGGACUAUGAUGCAGAGGAUGGUUCUUUCCCAGAUCAACAUGCUCUGGAUAUGGCUGACAGAAGCAUCCCUCACACUGUUGGUCACCUUCACACAGGCACACAGGACCUCCCACACACUAACAAGACUCAUACCAACUCAGUCCAGCAAUCAUUCAGCCAAAACUCCAACUUCUCAGAGGCUGACAGCUGUACCAUAUCAGGUGCUGGGCAUCAUGAGAGGACUUUGCUGAACCUAGACAACACAGACAAUUUAAAUUCAAACAGUAACUACAAGUCAUUGACUUUUGAAUACUUGGAUGAAAAUGCCAAUCAGUCUAGCGACCUGCUCCUAAAUAAUUCCUUUGAUGCUCCCCCAACUCCAUCUCCCUACACUGACUCACCAGACAGUUACAUGGACCUGAGUCUGUCCUCAGAGUCAGACCUGGGCUUCUUUGAUGGUUUUUAUAUGUAUAGUACUUGCCCUGUUCAAAGUCACCUCAAGAUAGACAGUCAGCCGGACAAUAUCUGUCUCUACCAGUUCUCCCGCUGUUCAAGCCCUCCUCAAGCGGAUGAACCAGGUGUCAGUUACCUGGAAUCUCUCAUAGGAUUGUCUUAAUCUCAAUGGGUAAACUCAUUCCAAGCUUGUGGAACACUUAAAGACUGUAGGAAAUGAAACUUGGUCCUGACACUUGGUGGUUAAUAAUAUUGGCGAACUGUGAUUAAUCUUUAGUUCAGCUGGCAAAGGUAGGGCAUUUGUGUUGGGUUAGCACUUUAAUAUCCAGAUAUUGAAAAAACCUUGUUAAAAUAAGCCUUCAACUUUUACAUUUAAGCAGUUUGAGAAGAAGCAGUGUUGGUACACUUUUUUCCCUCAAGGAAUUGUCUUGACCUAAAUUUCUAAAUGAAGAGAACAUGUCUUUAGAUAAAUACCCUCCCCCCUCCUUUCCAUUUUCCCCCUCAGAAACAUUACCUCUAAGUAUUCAAUUCAUACUCAUACAGUGUUAUAAUUAGAGCAUCUAGAUUUAUUUCAUUUUGGCCUGAAGGUAAAGAUUCAUACCCACCAAAUAAAAAAAAAGAAAAGAAACCUCAGGGAUAUUUUAACAGUUCAGAAACCAUACUGCAUUAGGUUUAGAGAAAUGCAUUUUUGUUUGUUUGUGUGUUUAUUUUAGAGGAAACAUGUAUUUACGUGGAUUUGUAUAUUUCAGCAUUAUGUAUAUUUGAAACUAAACUGACUGUUCUGCUCAGUUUUAUUUUAUGCUGUAAUUAUAGACUACCUGAGAAAUGUUUUGCAUAUUUUGUCAUGUUUUUUUAAUUUAUUUUUUCUUUUUUAAAACAACAUAUUUGAAAUGAUUCCAGAGUGUUUAGACAAUAAUAUAAAUAUGCUUUUAGGUACCAUGAUCACUUUAUGAAGUCCAAUUUAAAAUACAUUGCCUU